AUGGUGAAAAUUCUAAUGAAGCACAGGAGGCACAUAUUCAUGAAUGUAGAUGUAAAAUCAGACGCUAUAUUGUCACUUUUUGUUUUCAUCUUUACAAUAGCAAGUGGGCUAAUUCCAUCUAUAUCUUCAAUCCUUACUGGUAAAGUGUUUGAUUUAUUGGCAAAUAUUUUGACAAUGGAAAAAGAUGAACUGUUAUCACAAUUAACUGUCAAGUCGAUGUCUCUAAUGGCACUGGGUGCUGCAACUAUCCCUGUUAUGUGGCUCUCGAUCUCUGCAUGGAUGUCGAUCGGUGAAACACAAAGUUUUAGAAUAAGAAGAACGAUAUUACUAUCGUAUCUAAAAAAGCCCAUGGAAUGGUUUGACGAAAAUGAUCAGUUGUUAGGUGAUUUUGUCCAAAUGCAUAGAUGUGUUGAAGAGGUAAGAUCCGGCUCAGCAGAGGCCUCCGCUAUCACCUUUCAAAAUUUUGUUGCAAUUAUUGCACUAGUAUGUACGUCAUUUUAUUAUUCUUGGUCCUUAACUUUGAUUAUUUUAUGCUCCUCCCCUCUUCUUAUCGUGUUAGCUGCUUUCUUUUCUAGAAUGAUAGAGAACUUUACUAAGUUGGAGAAUGAUGAAACUGGUAUCGCUGCCCAGUCACUUACGUGGUCCAUGAAUGCAGCCCAAUUAGUAAAAUUAUAUUGCACUCAGGAUUUUGAAAUUAAAAAAUUUAAGGAAAUUGUAAUUCGUUGUAACGAUUAUUUUAUCAAUGCCUGGUUUUAUGUGUCUGCAAACACCUCAAUUUUGAGGUUUUUAUCAUUGGCUAUGUUUGUGCAAGGCUUUUGGUUUGGUUCUACCAUGAUUAAGAAAAACAAGAUGUCUGUUGAUCAGGUUAUUACUUGCUUUAGUUCAUGUUUAAUGUUAGGCUCAAUAUUAAAUACAACUUUACCACAAAUUGUGUUAUUACAAAAGGCUCACGUAGGCUUAAAUAGAGUUCAAGAUUUUUUGGAGGAUAAGUCAGAAAUGGCUACCGACAGAGACAGGCAAACCUCAAUCAAUCUUGACAACGUACCUAUUUCCAUCAGCUUUGAUGCUAUCAGCUUUUGUUAUCCAAGUAGGCCCGAUGAUAUGGUUUUGAAAAAUAUAUCCAUGAAUUUUGACCCAAAUAAGACUACUUUUAUAGUUGGUAAAUCAGGCUCUGGAAAAUCAACAAUGUCGAACCUUCUACUGAAAUUUUAUAAUGGGUACAAUGGAUGUAUCAAAGUAAAUGGCGUGAAUGUCCAAUCUAUUGACCGACAUUGGAUUACUAAAAAUGUUACACUAGUUGAACAAAAAUGUACAUUGUUUAAUGACACACUCAGAAAUAAUCUUCUUAUUGGGCUUUCUCAUAUAUCUGCUGCUGAGGAUGUUGAUAGCCGCCUUCAGGAGGCUUGUAGAUUUGCGUUAUUAGAUAACGUCAUCGAAAAACUGCCCAGUGGGUUAGAUACAAAAGUUGGUAGUGGAGGAGUAUCGCUCAGCGGUGGCCAACAGCAAAGAGUUGCUUUAGCACGUGCCUAUUUGAGAGAUACACCUGUGGUCAUACUAGAUGAAGCGAUUUCUGCUUUAGAUGCAAGGAAUCGCCGCCAAUUAAUGGAAAACAUUAGAAUCUGGACGAGGUCCAAAACUGCAAUAAUACUUACACAUGAAUUGAAUCAGAUUUUGCCUAGCGACUUCUUAUACCUCAUGGAGAAUGGACAAAUAAAGGAGGAAGGGUAUCAAAAUGAACUCAUAGAAAAUGUGGAAAGUACUUUUUGUAAGUUCUUUCACUUACAAAAUAGCAACAGGGAAUCUGAAAGCCUUACUACUAUCUCAUCGACUACUGAGAGAAGUUCAUCAGAAAAAUUUAUUCAAACCCAAUGCAGGAAAGAUGCUACUGAAGUACAAGAAAAACUAUCCAAAGAUCUGGAGUCGUCAUCGUCAGGUAGCUAUACAGCCGAAGAAACGGUAGGCACUGUAAAAAGCAAUGAAACUCUUGGAUCUGACAUUGAAACCCAUCUAAAAUCAACAGGAAAUGAGGAUGCAGAGCCUAUAGAAAUCACCCCGUUAAAGACAAUCAUAUGCCGCAUGCUUAGAACGGUGAGAUAUAGAAAAACUCUAUUACUUGGUGUCAUUAGUGCAAUAAUAGCAGGUAUAGCGAAUCCAGUAUUUUCAUUUACAUUCAGUUAUUUAUUGGAUGGUAUUGUUCCUAAAGUGGAUGGAGUGGGUUCUUCGCAUUAUUUGCUAAAAUGGUCAGUCAUUGUCCUAUGUGUUGCCUUUACAGAUGGUAUCUCCACCUUUUUGAAAAGCUUUAGUUUGGGUUUUGUGAGUGAAAACUGGAUUAUGGAUUUGAGAAAUAAGGCCAUGGAGUCUAUAACCAAUAAAGAGCUGGAAUGGUUUUAUAAAGAUGAAAAUAAGUCAUCAGAACUAGCUGCUCUUGUUCUUAAUGAUUUAAGAGAUUUAAGGUCAUUGAUUUCAGAAUUUAUAUCUGCAAUGAGCACAUUUAUUGUUGUUUCACUAGCUGGUUUGAUUUGGGCCCUAACGACCGGCUGGAAAUUGAGUUUAGUAUGCAUAGCUAUGUUUCCUUUAAUUAUACUAUUCUCUGCCAUAUAUGGUAGUAUAUUGCAAAGGUAUGAAACCACUUAUAAGACAACAGUAGCUGAUUUGGAAAAUUGCGUAUAUGAAAUCAUGCUGGGCAUAAAAACUAUUAGAUGUCUACAACUAGAACAACAUUUCAUUCAGCGCUAUUCGGUGCUAGAGGCUAGAAUGAAACAUAUUGGCCGUAAAAGGGCAAUUGCAACAGGAUUUGGUAUCGCUAUCACCACCGCAUUGGUGAUGUGUAUUGAGGCAAUUCUAUUUUACUAUGGUCUGAAACUAGUAUUCAUUGGUGAAUAUACCACAAUGAAAAUGUUUAAAACAUUUACUCUUCUUUUAUUUACUAUUAUGACAUGUACAAGUUUGAUAAACCAAAUCCCGGACGUUACGAGGGGACAAAGAGCAGCUAGUAGAAUCUUCAGAAUACUUGAUGAAUCGGAUCGCUUCUUGGAGGACAGUGAUGAACACGGUAGAACGAGAGGCAUUCCAAAAAAUAAUUCGAUAAAAUCAAUUAUUACAAUAAACAACCUUCAGUUUCACUACCCUUCCGCUGAAAGCUCUAACGUAUUCAACCGCCUCAACUUGCAAAUAGCAGACAAUCAAACAGUAGCAGUUGUUGCUGAGUCUGGUUCCGGGAAAUCAACUUUGUUAUAUCUACUAACUAGGCUGUACAAAGUGGAUUUUAAUUCGAUAUUUAUUGAUGGGACAGAUAUAAAUGAAUGGCAACUAACCUCUUUGAGAAAUCUAAUUGCUAUAGUUGAACAAAAGCCUACUCUAUUUGAAGGAUCUAUCAGAAAAAAUCUCAUUUAUGGAAACAAGCUUGAGAUUAUGGACAUGGACAUUUAUGAUGUGCUUAAACAAGUUGGGAUAUUUGAUUUUGUGACUUCACUGCCUAAUGGGAUUGAUACAAAUGUUGAUACGAGUUUAUUAUCAGGGGGUCAAGCUCAGAGAAUAUGCAUAGCCAGAGCUCUUCUACGUAAAAGCAAGAUUUUAAUUCUUGACGAGUGCACAUCUGCAUUAGAUGCAGAGAGCGCAUUUGUCAUUCAGAAUUUAGUGAAAAGCGGAUUGCCUGGUGUCUUAACCAUUGCCAUCACACAUAGUGAGCCAAUGAUGAGAGCAUGUGGGAAUGUUAUCGUCCUACAAGAUGGAGAGACUGCUCAACAAGGUACUUUUGACGAACUAUAUAAGCCUGGUAACGAGCUACAUCGAAUCGUUAUAGCUCAUGCAUAA